AUGAGCACUACUUCCAAUUUGCGAUACGAUGAGAUCCCCAAAAAAUACAUAGACCCAUUAGCUCCAAAGGACAAGAGUGAAGGGCUGAGGGUGAAUGGUAAGGACUGGAAAAUCAAAAAAGAUGCAUUUAGAGUGAAAACCUUGGGGGUGGCAAAGAGAAACUCAUUUAAAGAGAGAGAAUUAAAGAAGCUACAAGAGCAGCAAUACAAAGAAAGAUUGAAGGAGUUGCAGGAAGAGAAGGAGUCGGCAAGGAAACAGAAAAUCGCUGACUUGAAGCGCAGGCGGGAAAUCAAGGCUGAGAAGGAAAGAUACGAGAGGAUGGCUGCAAAGAUGCAUGCUAAGAAGGUAGAGAGAAUGAAGAAAAGGGAAAAGAGAAACAAGUUAUUAAAGGAACGCUGA